AUGCUUGACGCAGAUAGCAAUGGCUGUUGUUUGGCAGCUGUACAUCACAUUGCCUUCGCGGAAGAUAACGGUUACAGAAGUCACGAUAGCGACCUGUUGACUGCUGGGGGAACGGAAUUCAUUUCUCUUGGUUCUUUCUCUCUGUUGACUGUAAGUGUGUGCUUCCUUGUCGCUUAUCAACCCUGGUCCUCCCAGCGUGGGCUGUAUCACAGUCACAGGCCAACCAAUUCUGGUUUUUCGACUUCUACAAGUUUACUGAUAACAAAGUUGUAUUUUGUGAGCUCGAUAUGUCAGCAAGAAUGGAUAGAAGUUUGA